GAAGAAUAUUCCGAAACAGUCGGUUUUAUCUGAUUAUUGUUAGUAAGGAAAAGGGACGGAACAGGACAGAGUAUAAGAGAAAGAAAGAGAACAAAAGAUCUCUUUUAAUUUAUGGUUAUUCAUUAAUUCAUCUGCGAUUCAUAGUGAGGAUUUUUAGUGUACACAUUUCUAUGUGAUCUAUUAAAAACUACGCUGAUAAUUAUGCUCAAUAAGACAAUAUUUCGAAAUUUUAUUUUUAUUUUUUUGAUAACUAAUUUCACGCGGUCUAUUCAAUGUAAUGAACGUUUUAAAAAGCCGACAGUACUGAUAGCGAUUCUAAUUAGAAAUAAAGCUCAUACAUUACCAUACUUUCUAAGUUUGUUGGAACAACAAAACUAUCCUAAAAGUCGAAUAAAAUUAUGGAUCUGUAGUGAUAAUAAUAUUGAUAAUACAAAUGAGAUAUUAAGAGCAUGGUUAGCAGAAGAAUCAGAAAAAUAUCAUACAGUUGACAUAUAUAUAGAUGAAAAGUCUAAUGGUUUUGAAGAUGAAGAGAGUAAUACAGAUUGGUCACUUCUUCGAUUUACACAUGUUAUUAAUUUACGUCAGGAAGCAUUGAAUUAUGCUAGAAAAAUAUGGGCUGAUUUUAUUUGGAUGGUCGAUGCUGAUAUCUUUUUGACAGAUCCAAAUACUUUAACAAAUUUAGUAUCGAAAGGGCAAGUUGUGGUUGCUCCUAUGCUAAAAUCAGAUGGAUUAUACAGUAAUUUUUGGGCAGGGAUGACUGAGGAUUAUUACUAUCUUCGAACAGAAAAAUACCAAUUGAUCUUAUAUCGUGAAGAUGUAGGAUGUUUUAAUGUUCCCAUGGUUCAUAGUGCUGUUCUUAUUAAUUUAAAUAUGGUGCAAUCAGAUUGGUUGACUUAUAAUUUUACAAAUUUAGCACAAUAUGAUGGUCCUUUGGAUGAUGUUAUAACAUUUGCUGUUGGUGCUAAUAAUUCUGGUGUUCCAUUAUAUAUUUGUAAUGAUGAAAUGUACGGAUACAUCAUGGUACCAUUGGGAAAAGAUGAAACAAUUAAAGAGGAUCUUCAUAGGUUAACAAAUAUAAAAUUAGAAAUUUUGUCAGAAGAUCGUUUAUCAUUAUCGAAUAGUAUGGAAAAAUUCAUAUCUUCUCCAAAAAUAGACACAUUGGGAUUGGACAAUAUCUAUAUGAUAAAUCUUUUGAGAAGACCAGAAAGGCGUACUAGAAUGUAUCGUCUCUUUAAAGAACUUGGUGCACAUGUAGAAACUUUUAAUGCUGUGGAUGGUAGAAUGUUAAAUGAAAGUGCACUUGAAAAAUGGGGUGUGAAAUUAAUGGCAGAAUAUGAAGAUCCUUACCAUAAGAGACUUAUGACAACUGGAGAAAUUGGCUGUUUUUUAAGUCAUUAUAUUAUUUGGAAUAAGAUGUUAGAAUAUAGAUAUGAACGUAUCAUGAUUCUGGAAGAUGAUAUUCGUUUUGAGCCAUUCUUUCGACAGAAAUUGGAUUUUGUUUUGUCCGAAUUGAAUACAUUAAGGAAUUCAUGGGAUUUAAUAUACAUAGGAAGAAAAAGAUUAAUGGAAAAAGAGGAAUCGUGGGUACAGGGUUCUAAGUAUUUGGUACACGCAGCAUAUAGCUAUUGGACACUUGGUUAUAUUUUAUCAGCCACUGGGGCCAGGAAACUUGUUGAGGCUAAACCACUUGAAAAUCUGAUACCUGUUGACGAAUAUAUUCCUAUUUUAUCAAAUGUUCAUCCAAGAGAUGAUUGGAAAAAGCAUUAUCCAGUACGUAAUUUGACAGCGUUAUCCACGAAUCCUCUUUUGAUACAUCCAACUCAUUAUACUGGUGAUCAGGGAUAUAUAAGUGAUACGGAAAAUUCCAAGAUUAUUUUUGACAAUCAAGCAAGCAAUAUUUUGAAAACUCGAGAAGAAUUAUAAAUAACUAUAAAAUAUACUUAAUUUGCAAAGCACAACAUUAUACAUGAAAUUUUAUAAUCAUGCAAUUAUUUCAAUUCAUUAUAAAUCAUUCUAUUAUAAUUUUACUUGUAUUCUUCUUACGAAGAAGGCGAUAAUCGUGCCAUAAUAUUUAUAACAUUUUUUAGCAAUAUUUAUCAAAGUAAUCAAUGUAUUAUUAUUUCAUAUUACAUGUUGUGUAUCAUUUAAUAAUUUAUUAUAGUACUCAUCUUAAUAUCAGUAAUACAUCAAAUAUAUUUGUAUUUUCCUAAUGGUUAGCAUUUAAUUUCAUAAAACUAAUUAUAAGAGAUCUAUUAUAUUAAUAAAUGUGUUCUAAUAUGUCUAAUUUUAUAUUUUAUAUUAUAUGUUUAUAUAAUGAUAUAUGGUAUAAAUAAUAUGUAUGUGUCUACAUUUU